CACAGUUAUAUAACUCGUGGUCUCACCAUACAUACUCACUCAUACCAGAGAGGUGGUGAGUGCAGCAGUGCAGUAACUCACGUUGUCAUGGCGACUCAUCGACCGACACCGAGGACGACGGCUGUAGUGCUGAUGCUGAUGGUGGUGUGGGGCGCUGCAGUGCACGCUGUCGUCACACCGGGAGGGAAAAUCCUGAACUUGCACGACCCCGUCAAGUACAAAGACUGCAGUCACCUGCUCAAGGCCGGCUACAACGUUAGCGGGACGCACGUGCUAUGGAUGAACGCCUCGGCCUCGUUUUUUAUCGACUGCGAGUUCGUCGAUGGUCAGGCCUACAACGUCAUCCAGCGCCGGGUGGACAACGUCGUCGACUUCCGCCAGCCUUACAACGUGUACACUGUGGGCUUCGGACAGACCCAGGGUAGCUACUGGGCCGGUCUCAACUCCAUCAACUACCUCACCUACACGGGGAACACCAAGCUGGUCAUCUACAUGCAGGACUGGUCGGGACACAACCAGAACGUCAUGUACUCCUACUUCCGGGUGGACGGGUCGCAGUAUCGCUACCAGAUGCACGUGAGCGGCUUCAGCGGCAGCAUACCCGACGACCUCAGCUACCAUAACGGGAUGGUGUUCGCCACCUACGACUACCCCGACACCUACAGCUGCGCCGUGCACAUGGGCGCCGGGUGGUGGUACAACUACUGCGCCUACACACUGCUCAACGGCCGCUACUACUACGGGGGGAAGUACGUUCCCUCCACGGGCUUCUACGACGGAAUCUUUUGGAAAAGUUGGCAAGGCUUCGACUACUCACUCAAGUUCGUGUCCAUGCAACUAACCAGUGGCUGACCAGUGACUGAAGGACAGUUGCCACCCACCAAGAGGUCUAUGGGUGGGGUGGGUGGGAGGGGUUCGAUGCUUGCUUUGCUAUAAUUAUUUUUACCGUUGGCAGAAGAAACCAUUCGGCAGAAUGUAGGAUAGAAGCAGAAAUCAUGUCCAGCGGUUUGAUGGGGUCGUUGUGGGUAGUACUUGUAGAGUGGGUAGUACUUGUGGAGUGGGUAGUACUUGUAGAGUGGGUAGUACUUGUAUGGAGUAGGUACUGCACAAAAGGCACAUUUAGUAAUUCACAGUACUUGUAUGAAGUGUAGACCUGCUCUCCAGUAGCCUUAUAAUCGGACAUUGUACUGUGUGGCAGCGAGGAGACAGCUCCAGUCUAUCAUCAGACGCCGCAUCAUUCCAACACCAAGAACUGUGGGGAAGCCAUGGACAGAAGCAGUAUUAUAUUUCUGUAGUGUGUCAAUCCCAGAGAUGAUUAUUAUUCUCAUACCGCCGAUAUCCUACUCUGCCACAUCAGCUCACUUUGCAUGAUCUUUGUGUUUUUAUUUUAUUUUGUAAUGGGUGUAAUAUCUUAAUAAAGGAAUCUGAAGCUGCCAGAAA